CUCUCGACUAUCCUCCACCACAUAAGUCCAAAAUCAAAACUUUUGCCUAUUUAUUUUCGUUCACAGAUGAUCAAAUCGAACUCAAAUCUCCAAAUGUCUAUCAUUCAUGAAGCGCCGGGGUACAUACAAGUCUUCUCCGACGGGACUGUGAAACGUUUCUCCCCGGAGAUCGCCGACAAUCCGGCGGAUUCAACAGGGGGCUUCAAGUCAAAAGACGUCGUAAUCGACCGGUCAAAACCGAUCACCGGAAGAAUGUACGUGCCCGAUCUCGGGCCGGAAGCAGAUGGGGUCAAGUUACUUCCGGUGCUUUUCUACUUCCACGGCGGCGGAUUUUGCACCGGCUCCACCUCGUGGCAGGGCUACCAUGUGUUCCUCGGCGGCCUCUCUGUUCAAUCCAAAUCAAUCGUCGUUUCUGUAGACUACCGGCUGGCGCCGGAAAAUAAGCUCCCGAUUGCUUACGAUGAUUGCUAUUCAGCUUUGGAGUGGGUCCAGAAGAAUCAGAAAGCCGAGCCUUUCCUGGAUUGCUCAGACCUUUCCCGCGUAUUUCUUUCAGGCGAUAGCGCCGGUGGAAAUAUUGUACACCAGGUGACUUUGAAAUAUCUGCGUUCAGUAAAAAACUGUGGUCUCAUAAUUAAAGGGAUUAUGCCUAUCCAUCCGUACUUCGGUAGCGAAAAGAGGACAGAGCUGGAGAUGGCGGAGGGAUCCGCCGACUACGUGGCGAUGAACGACAUGUUUUGGGAGCUGAGCUUGCCGGAGGGCUCUACCCGGGACUUCUACGGCUGCAACUUUGAGACAGAAAAUGAUGCGGCCGCGGCGGAGUUAUCCACCGCUGAGUGGUUGGGCUUUCCGGCGACGGUGGUGUUCGUGGCCGGAAAAGAUUUCUUGAAAGAGAGGGGAGUGAUGUACGCUGAGUAUUUGCGGCGGAAGGGGGUGAAAAGGGUGGAGAUGGUGGAGGCAGAGGGGGAAGGGCAUGUCUUCCACGUCUUUCAUCCACAUUCCGAAGCCACCCGUUUGCUUCAGAAGCAAAUGAGUCAGUUUAUCAAUCAUGGACAGGCCCCGGCCGGCUGAUCCAGUGGUAUUUAUUAUCAAUAGUGAAAAUAAAUAGUUGAAUAUAAAUAUUAUAAUUAAUGAUCGAUAUAUCCUAGCAGAUUAAUGCAUGUAAUUGUAUCUCGAAUAAAGUCCAUGUUUGGUACCCAGGUCCAUAUUGGUUGUCUACUUUCAAUUUGUCACGAUUAUUAAUAAAGUAGUUCAAAAGUAAAAGUUGAAAUUUGAGUAGAAUAAAGUGAAAUGAUAAGGAUCACAUAUUUCUUGUCAAAAAAAGAAACAAGACAUUCAUUUUGGGACAACCCAAAAAGGAAAGUAGGACAACCAAAAUGGGACGGAUCGGAGGGAGCACCAUUUAAAAAGUUUCUAUAAAUUUUUAGCUCUAUGUUUGGUAUGAUCAUUUUAGGAAGUUUUUUCAAAAUAAAAUAUCUUUUUUUUGAGGAGAUACAAUAUGUAGCAUCUAGGAGAAAGUCUGUUGCUUUUAGCAUUAAUUAGUCACAAUAGCUUGCCUUCUGGGGUAAAAAAAAAAAAGCUUGUUAUACAAAACAAAACUGAAUCAAAUGGUCAGUUUUUAUCAAAUAGGUACAAUCUAUUUUUCUCUUUAAGAUCAUUUUAGUCACUAAAAGUUAACAAUUACUAAAAGGUUAACAAAAAUAUCUUUUCAGCUAAUUGUAUCAAACCACUCAAACAUACUUCUAGUUGUAUGUUUGACAUGAUAAUUUUUAGUGGUUUUUCAAAAGAACUUUUCUUCUGAUGGUGGCCGGGGUACGUCACGACAUACUCCUAAUUACAUACUUUUCUCAUAUGCAGUAAGUGUAACUGGCGGAUCUGGUAGAUGUAAUUGAUAGGUCUGAUAAAUGUAACUAAUGGGUCGGAUUAUUGUAACUGAUAGAUCAGGUUACUAUAACUAAUGGAUCGGGUGAGGUAACUAAUCACUAUAAUGUUGGUCGCUGUAUGGGUUAUGUGGACCUAACAAGGGUAUAACAGUCCUCAUACCCAUUUUUAGAAAUUAACAGAAAAU